CUAAGACUUUAAGACAAUCUUCGUUAUCAUUUAUUUAAGCCCUUCAUACCUGCCUGGAUAGGUCAUCUCAACAAUACGCUAUGAAACAUAAUCUAGGUAUAUUUGUGAGUAUCCUGAGCGUAGCUUGGUGCCUGGACUCUCAUUGUGACGACAUGGAUAGUGACUUAUGUAAAACCUUCAAUCUUCAUGUCAAUGUAUGUUCAAAUCCGUGCCUGUCCAAAAUCUGUCCCAGGACCUGCGACAAGUGUCCUAGAAAAUGCUACAGUUGUAAUGAUGCUAACUCGCUGGAUAAUUGUAACACAACACGUAUAUGUCCGGAUCGUACAUAUAAAUGUUUAGUGCAUGAGGGCAUAGCCUCUGACUUCUCAAUUACCUACCAACUUGGAUGUGCCACAAAUCUAGUUUGCAGUAGUUUAUUUGGGAAUGGGCGAGUACUAGGCAGAAGAAAGAAAAGAAGUAUUAAUGGAGAAUGUUGUAAUUCUGACCUUUGCAACAAACAUGAUCCAAGUAAAAAGAGGCAAAUAGUCAUCAGUCUGGAAACUACCACAACAGAGAUUAUUACGAACCGAACUGACGUUAUAACGAAUUCAACGAUUGGUUCCAUGAACCAUACAUCAACACCAAUCACUAAUGAGUUAACAUUUAAUGCAACACAAGACAAUAUAAAAAGCAGUUUUAUGACGUCAACGAACACAAAAGGUACAACGACUUUAGUUCCUGUAACAACAACCUCAAAGAAACCAGGUUGUGCUGAUAUCGACACGGCUUCCUGUCAAAAACUUGCUUCUCUCAAGAGGGACAUGUGUAGUGAUGAUUGUUUUGUGCAAGUCUGUCCACGCACCUGUGGGAAAUGCCCUGAAUGUUAUUCCUGCAUUUUCCUGGACACUCCAGAAAACUGUACAGAUAGAUCAGUCUGUUCACUGGGUGAGAAAUGCUAUGUAGUGGAAGAGUACUUAGACAAUGGGGAGCAUGGCUACCGUGCAGGAUGUCUUCAUGAAGAUGUGUGUACAAGGUUCCACAUAAAUGCUGGCAAUGUGUUUGGACGAAGAAGCGACCACUUAGGUUUGAUUUUAGAUGGAGAUUGCUGUAAUGGGGACCUCUGCAAUCACCACCCCAUUAUUCACACUACAUCCACCACAACUACUACGCAUGCUCCUACACAUGCUCCUACGCAUACAAUUACGCAUGCACCUACGCAGUCUCAAUCCACCACGACCCCACCAGGUUAA